AUGCUUGGACUCGGGCCGUGCACUGCCAGUGCUCACACACUCUCCGAGACCAGCUCCUUCACGACCGGUGGGGUUACCGAGCUAGACACCGACUCCCAGCGCUAUGUCCUGGCCCUCCCAGAGGAAGAGACAUGGCGCAAGCACCGGCUAGGCCUGAUGCAAACCACCCAGUCCUGCAACCUGCUAGAGCCCGAGAGCCUGACAGAGGCUCUGGUCUCCCGCACCGCCAGUUUUGAUGCCCUCUAUGAGCUGCGAUCCCGGGAGGGAGAAGGGAGCUUGGGCUUUGAGGGAGGCAGCACGUUCGACCUAGGGCUGAGCCAGUAUAUUCCAGUGAGCCCUGAUGUCAUCAAGCGCCGGAGGGGCGGGUUGAUCGAACAGCGGGACAUCAUCAAGGCCCACGAGGCUCACAAGAUGCAGAGCACACCGCAGGCAAGACGCAAGGAGUGGGAGUAAGCUAGAAGCGGGGAAGCUAGACUGGGAAUUCUCAGGUCAGCUCAUGGAGGCAGUUAACAGAGCAGGGGCCGCCCGGGCGCCGCGGCCCCCGCCGGGGGCACCCCGGGAGCCUUCAAGCAAACCAAAGCCCAGAGGGCCAGGACUAUGGCUCUGUACAACCCCAUCCCGGUCCGGCAGAACUGCUUCACCGUCAACAGAUCCCUCUUUCUCUUCGGGGAGGAUAACGUGGUGAGGAAAUACGCCAAGAAGCUCAUCGACUGGCCUCCCUUUGAAUACAUGAUUCUGGCCACGAUCAUUGCGAACUGCAUCGUCCUGGCGCUGGAGCAGCACCUGCCGGGGGAUGACAAGACACCUAUGUCCCGAAGAUUAGAGAAGACAGAGCCUUACUUCAUCGGGAUCUUUUGUUUUGAAGCUGGGAUUAAAAUCGUUGCUCUGGGAUUCGUUUUCCACAAGGGCUCAUACCUGCGGAAUGGCUGGAACGUCAUGGACUUCAUUGUGGUCCUCAGUGGCAUCCUUGCCACAGCUGGAACCCACUUCAACACACACGUGGAUCUGAGGACGCUGCGGGCAGUGCGUGUGCUCAGACCUCUGAAGCUCGUCUCAGGCAUUCCCAGUUUACAGAUCGUGUUGAAGUCCAUCAUGAAGGCCAUGGUACCUCUUCUCCAGAUAGGCUUGCUGCUCUUUUUUGCUAUUCUGAUGUUUGCCAUCAUUGGCCUGGAGUUCUACAGUGGGAAGCUGCACCGGGCUUGCUACGCAAAUAAUUCAGGUGAACUAGAAGAGCUGGACCCUCCUCAUCCCUGUGGAGUGCAGGGGUGCCCCCCGGGUUAUGAAUGUAAGGAGUGGAUUGGUCCCAACGAUGGGAUCACUCAGUUUGACAACAUCCUCUUUGCUGUGUUGACCGUCUUCCAGUGCAUUACCAUGGAAGGGUGGACCACAGUGCUGUACAAUACCAAUGAUGCCUUAGGAGCCACCUGGAACUGGCUGUACUUCAUCCCCCUCAUCAUCAUCGGAUCCUUCUUUGUUCUCAACCUUGUCUUGGGAGUGCUUUCUGGGGAAUUUGCCAAAGAGAGAGAGAGAGUGGAGAACCGCAGAGCCUUCAUGAAACUGCGACGACAGCAGCAGAUUGAGCGGGAGCUGAACGGCUACAGGGCCUGGAUAGAUAAAGCAGAGGAAGUAAUGCUGGCUGAAGAGAAUAAAAAUGCUGGAACUUCAGCUUUAGAAGUGCUCAGGAGAGCUACUAUCAAAAGAAACCGGACAGAAGCCAUGAAUCGUGACUCAAGUGAUGAACACUGCGUUGAUAUUUCCUCUGUAGGGACCCCUCUUGCUCGCUCCAGCAUCAAGAGUGCAAAAGUGGAUGGUGCCUCUUAUUUCCGGCACAAGGAGCGACUUUUGCGUAUCUCCGUUCGCCAUAUGGUGAAAUCCCAGGUGUUUUAUUGGAUCGUCUUGAGCCUUGUGGCUCUCAACACUGCCUGCGUGGCCAUUGUCCAUCACAACCAGCCAUUGUGGCUCACCCACUUGCUCUACUAUGCAGAGUUCCUGUUUCUUGGGCUCUUCCUUUUGGAGAUGUCCUUAAAGAUGUAUGGAAUGGGGCCACGCCUUUAUUUCCACUCCUCUUUCAACUGCUUUGACUGUGGGGUCACAGUGGGAAGCAUCUUUGAAGUGGUGUGGGCCAUCUUCAGACCAGGGACUUCUUUCGGGAUCAGUGUUCUACGAGCUCUCCGGCUUCUGAGAAUAUUUAAAAUAACAAAGUAUUGGGCAUCCCUGAGGAAUUUGGUGGUCUCACUGAUGAGUUCCAUGAAGUCUAUUAUCAGUCUGCUCUUCCUCCUUUUCCUUUUCAUUGUAGUCUUUGCUCUGUUGGGAAUGCAGCUGUUUGGAGGCAGAUUUAAUUUCAUGGAUGGAACUCCUUCUGCAAACUUUGACACCUUUCCUGCAGCCAUCAUGACUGUGUUUCAGAUCCUGACAGGUGAGGACUGGAACGAAGUGAUGUACAAUGGGAUCCGCUCCCAGGGAGGAGUCCGCUCAGGCAUGUGGUCCUCCAUCUACUUCAUCAUCCUCACUUUGUUUGGAAACUACACCUUGCUGAAUGUGUUCUUGGCCAUCGCUGUGGACAACCUGGCCAAUGCUCAGGAGUUGACAAAGGAUGAGCAGGAGGAGGAGGAGGCUUUUAACCAGAAGCACGCCCUGCAGAAAGCCAAGGAAGUCAGCCCGAUGUCUGCCCCAAACAUGCCCACUGUUGAAAGGGACAGAAGGAGGAGACACCACAUGUCGAUGUGGGAACCACGCAGCAGCCAACUGAGAGAAAGAAGGAGGCGGCACCACAUGUCAGUGUGGGAGCAGCGUACCAGUCAGCUCCGCAGGCACAUGCAGAUGUCCAGCCAGGAGGGAAUCAAUAAGGAUGAACCUCCACUGCUCAACCCUCAUGCCAGCAUAUUCAGGAGAAAAAAGCCAGGUGAAAAUGUAGCCUCAGAUAAGCCUGAGGAGGAACAGGGAGGCAAGGCAGAGCAGCCACAAGUGGAAGGCCUGGAACAGCCAACCACUGGCACCAACGUCAGUGCCAGUGAGGACAAGAGGAGCCCAUCCCCUCGAGCCAAGAGAGAAAGGGACCAGUGGCAUCAGAAAUCGUGUCAUGGGAACUGUGAUCCAACUGAACAAGAUGGCAGUGGAGGAGGAGGUUCAGGGAUUGAAGACAGAGCCCGGCUAAGACAGAGCCAGCGGCGCAGCCGGCACCGGAGGGUGCGGACUGAGGGGAAGGAGCCAGCUGGAGCUCUGGAGAGCCGGUCGACCAGCCAAGAUGCAGGCCUGGAGGAUGCCAAUCCUGCAGAGGGACAGCAGAAGAGGAAUGAAGGAGAAAAGGAGGAGAAUUUGAUUCAGGGGGAGCAGGCAGGCGAGGAACUGAAAAGAACCAAUGGAGUCCCAGCCAGCGAGGCUGAGGUCCCUGGGGCCACCGAAGACAGGAGUCCACCUAAAGUCCCUCAUGAGCUCAACCAGGGGAAUAAUGUAAGCCUGGCUGAGCAGGACUGCAGCGGUGUAGAUACCAGUGACCAAGCCCUGCUGGGCGGCCUCCAGAUGGAGAUGAGCAGAGCCAUCAGCAGGAGUGAACCAGACCUCUCCUCCAUCACAGCCAACACUGAGAAAGCCACUGAGAGCACCACCAUCAUGAUCGAUGUCCAAGAGUCCACUGUGGUACAGAUUAGCAACAAGACAGAUGGAGAAGCCAGCCCCUUGAAGGAGGCAGAGACAAAAGAGGAUGAAGAAGAGGCAGAAAAGAAGAAACGGAAAAAGGAGAAAAGCUCAGAGACGGGCAAAGCAAUGGUGCCUCACAGCUCCAUGUUCAUCUUCAGCACGACUAACCCUGUGCGAAGAGCCUGCCAUUACAUUGUGAACCUGCGCUACUUUGAGAUGUGCAUCCUCCUGGUGAUUGCAGCUAGCAGCAUUGCAUUGGCAGCUGAAGACCCUGUCCUGACCAACUCUGACAGGAAUAAAGUGACUGUCCUGAGGUAUUUUGACUAUGUUUUCACUGGUGUCUUCACCUUUGAGAUGGUUAUCAAGAUGAUAGAUCAGGGCUUGAUCCUGCAGGAUGGCUCCUAUUUCCGAGACCUCUGGAACAUCCUGGACUUCAUCGUGGUGGUGGGGGCUUUGGUGGCUUUCGCCUUGGCGAAUGCUUUGGGGACCAACAAGGGCCGGGAUAUCAAAACUAUUAAGUCUCUCCGUGUACUGCGGGUCUUGAGGCCGCUGAAAACUAUUAAGCGAUUGCCCAAACUCAAGGCUGUCUUUGACUGUGUUGUGACUUCCUUGAAGAAUGUCUUCAACAUACUCAUUGUUUACAAGCUCUUCAUGUUCAUCUUUGCUGUCAUCGCUGUCCAGCUUUUCAAGGGGAAAUUUUUCUAUUGUACAGACAGCUCUAAGGACACAGAGAAGGACUGCAUAGGCAAUUAUGUGGACCAUGAGAAAAACAAGAUGGAAGUGAAGUGUCGUGAAUGGAAGCGCCAUGAAUUCCACUAUGACAAUAUCAUUUGGGCUUUACUUACACUCUUCACUGUCUCCACUGGAGAGGGGUGGCCACAGGUGCUGCAGCAUUCCGUGGAUGUGACCGAGGAGGACCGGGGGCCCAGCCGCAGUAACCGCAUGGAGAUGUCCAUUUUUUAUGUGGUGUAUUUUGUGGUCUUCCCUUUCUUCUUUGUCAACAUCUUUGUGGCUCUCAUUAUCAUCACAUUCCAGGAGCAAGGAGACAAAAUGAUGGAGGAAUGCAGUCUGGAGAAGAAUGAGAGGGCAUGCAUUGACUUUGCCAUCAGUGCCAAACCUCUCACUCGCUACAUGCCUCAAAACCGACAUACCUUCCAGUACCGUGUCUGGCACUUUGUGGUCUCUCCUUCCUUUGAAUACACCAUCAUGGCCAUGAUAGCUUUGAAUACUGUGGUGCUGAUGAUGAAGUAUUAUUCUGCACCCUAUACAUACGAGCUGGCUUUGAAGUACCUGAACAUUGCAUUUACCAUGGUGUUCUCCUUGGAAUGUGUCCUGAAGAUCAUAGCUUUUGGCUUCUUGAAUUAUUUCCGGGACACCUGGAACAUCUUUGACUUCAUCACUGUGAUAGGCAGCAUCACAGAAAUUAUCUUGACAGACACCAAGUUGGUAAACACCAGUGGCUUCAACAUGAGCUUUCUGAAGCUGUUCCGGGCUGCUCGCCUCAUCAAACUGCUCCGCCAGGGCUACACCAUCCGUAUUCUGCUGUGGACCUUUGUGCAGUCUUUCAAGGCCCUUCCCUACGUUUGUCUCUUGAUAGCUAUGCUUUUCUUCAUAUACGCAAUCAUUGGGAUGCAGGUUUUUGGGAAUAUCAAACUAGAUGAAGGAAGCCACAUAAACCGGCACAACAACUUCCGCAGCUUCUUGGCCUCCCUCAUGCUCCUCUUUAGGAGUGCCACAGGUGAGGCAUGGCAAGAGAUUAUGCUUUCAUGCCUGGAAGGCAAAGGCUGUGAACCCGACACUACAGCGACAUCUGGACAGAAUGAGAACGAGCGCUGCGGCACUGACCUGGCUUAUGUUUACUUUGUCUCCUUCAUCUUCUUUUGCUCAUUCCUGAUGCUCAAUCUGUUUGUGGCGGUCAUAAUGGACAAUUUUGAAUACCUGACUCGGGAUUCCUCCAUCCUGGGGCCUCAUCACCUAGACGAAUUUGUCCGGAUCUGGGCGGAGUAUGACAGAGCCGCAUGUGGCCGCAUCCAUUACACUGAGAUGUAUGAAAUGCUGACUCUCAUGUCACCACCGCUAGGCCUCGGCAAGAGAUGUCCCUCCAAAGUGGCCUAUAAGAGGCUGGUGCUGAUGAACAUGCCCGUGGCUGAAGACAUGACUGUCCAUUUCACCUCCACCUUGAUGGCAUUGAUUCGAACAGCGCUGGACAUAAAAAUUGCCAAAGGUGGUGCAGACUGGCAGCAGUUGGAUUCAGAGCUGCAGAAGGAGAUCCUGACCAUCUGGCCUCACCUAUCCCAGAAGAUGCUGGACUUACUAGUGCCCAUGCCAAAAACUUCGGACCUGACUGUUGGCAAAAUAUAUGCAGCCAUGAUGAUCAUGGACUAUUACAAGCAGAGCAAAGCAAAGAAGCAGAGGCAGCAACUGGAGGAACAGAAAAAUGCCCCUAUGUUCCAGCGCAUGGAGCCCUCAUCUCUGCCUCAAGAGAUAAUUUCUAAUGCCAAAGCUCUGCCUUACCUCCAGCAAGACACCCUGUCAGGCCUGAGCAGCCGGAGUGGGUUUCCCUCCCUGAGUCCACUCUCUCCUCAACAGAUAUUUCAGCUGGCUUGUAUGGAUCCAACACAUGGGCAGUACCAGGAGCACCAAUCACUGGAGCCAGAGGUUAGAGAGUUUAAAAGAGUGCAGCCCUCUAACCGUGGCAACUAUCUCCCCGUGGACACUCAGGAACGCGCUGUAUCUGGGAGGGCCUCCUCCAUGCCACGCCUGACAGUGGAUCCCCAGGUGGUUACAGACACGAGCUCUAUGAGACGAUCAUUCUCCACCAUCCGGGACAAACGUACCAACAGCUCCUGGCUGGAUGAGUUCUCCAUGGAGCGAAGUAGUGAGAACACUUACAAGUCCCGCCGGCGCAGUUACCACUCCUCGCUACAGCUGACUGCUCGCCGCCUGAAUGCAGACUCAGGCCACCGGUCUGAUACGCAUCGUUCAGGUGGCAGAGAACGAGGGCGAUCCAAAGAACGCAAGCACCUGCUGUCCCCAGACAUCUCCCGCUGCAACUCAGAGGAGAGGAGUCCCCAGGCAGACUGCGAGUCUCCAGAACGGCGGCGUCAAUCCAGAUCACCCAGCGAGGGCAGGUCGCAGACGCCCAACAGGCAGGGCACAGGUUCCUUGAGUGAAAGCUCCAUCCCCUCUAUAUCUGACACCAGCACCCCAAGGAGAGGUCGCCGGCAGCUCCCUCCUGUGCCGCCCAAGCCACGGCCUUUCAUCUCGUACACCUCCAUGAUGCAGCAUGCUGGUGACACCUCCCCACAACCUGAUGAGAGCGAGGGUGGGUCCCCUCUGCUUUCCAAGGCUCUGGAGACGAAUGACACCUGCCUGACCGAGUCUUCCAGCUCUCUGCAGGGAAAGCAGAGCCGGCACUCCACCCCACAGCACUACAUUUCAGAGCCCUACCUGGCCCUGCACGAUGACUCCCACGCCUCAGACUGCGGCGAGGAGGAGACACUCACCUUCGAGGCUGCUGUCGCCACCAGCCUUGGCCGCUCCAACACAAUUGGCUCAGCCCCUCCGAUGAGGCACAGCUGGCAGAUGCCCAAUGGGCAUUACCGGAGGAGGAGGAGAGGGGCGGCACAGGGGGUGGUGUGUGGAGCUAGCAUUGAUGUGCUAAGUGAUACGGAGGAAGAUGACAAGUGCUAG